GGAUAUGUCCGUAUGAUGCGCCGUCACCCAGUGGGCACGGAGGCCCACAAUGACAUUAUUAAUGUGCUGGAGGCAGUGCAUGAGAUUGGCCGUGUACGACCUCAGGAACCUGAGGCCCCGAACGAGGAGGCAGCUACUCCUGCGGCAGCGCCUACUCAGAGGCCAAGCACUACUGAGAGCCCAAGCACGAGCACAGCUCCUGCCGGACGUUGCUCUCGUUCGCCUGUUGCUACCCCUCAGGUUGUCCCUACCCUCGAUCCCUCUCCAUCCACCGCACAUCCAUCCCUUAGCCCCACCAUCCCUUCACCCACCCCACAUCCAUCCGUUAGCCCCACCAUCCCUUCACCCACCUCACAUCCAUCCCCUACCCCCACCAUCCCUUUAGCCACUCCACAUGAGUCCCCUGGUCCCACCAUCCCUCCACCCACCCCACAUGAGUCCCCUAGUCCCACCAUCCCUCCACCCACCCCACAUGCCUGUCCUGGGUCUGACAUUCGUCCACCCACCCCACGGUCAUUUCCUGAGCUAUCACCUAUUCCAUCAUAUGACCUGGGUCUUGAUCAAACCCCUCCUGACUUGCAACCCCUCCCACCUUCCCACAGUACGUCCACUGGCCCUUCUUCAGCCGUUGACCCACCACAUGUGCAGCCUGAGCAGCCUGUUGGGUUAGCUGCAGCGGCAGAAGGUCGACCAAAACGCAUAUCUAAGGCACCUCCUUGUGGGACAGGGGGGCACAAACAUGGACACAACGCUGGGCCCGACGCAUCUGACGAAGGACAUGCAAGACCUCCUCCUUAUUAUACGAGAAAGCGUAAGGUUCAAAAAAGGUGAAAGGUACAGUUGGGACAUUAGCUGGAGGUAGAUAUUCAUGUGUUUGUGAAUAAUACAAUUCUUGUUGCUGUUAUC